AUGCGCUUUCUGUGGGCUGCGUGGGCCGUGCCCGCUUUGGCUGUCUUCAAUGAUCAAGCGUAUAAAGUUGAUUGGCAAUAUCGAGGACUAGGUAUCCCAUUUGAGGCAGUAAAAACCGCGGCUGGCCAUGUUAUGCUGACCGACAGAGACCAACUGGCACUUGUCGACAACAACGGUGUGCUUGUUUGGAGAAAAACAGUCCUUGCUCAGCAUAUUGCUGUUGGCAAUAAUACAGUUUAUUCCUCGAGCAACACUGAAGUCACGGCUUGGCAGCUGGAUUCCGGAGAUCGACUAACCUCGGUCCCUGGUGGCAGCUUGGUUUGUGCAAAUAAUGCGGCAUUUGCAGUAGCCAAGGACUCUAAGGUUUUUAUUUAUGAGCAUGGAAGCAAAGAACCUCAGCAGGUCGAGUUUGGAGGCACCCUGGACGCCUUGAAAUGCGUUGAUGGUGUCGUCGGCUGGGUUGGAAAUGAUCCGAAAAAGGUCGUCAACGGUGACCUUGAAUCGGUCGAGGACUCUAAACCCGUUUUUGGUCUCGGCGAUAUUACUGUAGAUGAGUUUGGUGUUGUUUCGGCUCCCGAGUGGUCCAGGCCUGAGGGAUUGAGCCAAACAGUGGCUGCGUGCUUUCUGGAAAUUGAGCAUGCAGUUGACGCCAAGCUACCCGAUCUCUCAGGGACCUUGUUGGAGAAUUGGUCUGGACGCGUAAAGCGUCAUGUCAAAGAGUUGAUGAGAUUCCGUAUCUCGACACAAGUUAACGAAAAAGAUGCUUUGUUCGGCUACCAUAAAGCUUUGAUACUUGUCACUUCAAGAGGCUCGGUUUACGCAUUUGACACUAAUUCGCGGUCUAUAUUAUGGGAAAAGCAUGUUGGUGCUGUCUCUGUCGAAAACUUCGAAAACCUAGCCGUCGUCACCUUGAGCAAUGGCUUCAAGAUUGCUUUCAGUCAUGAGGGAACCGAACAAGCUGUUCCCGAAACACCCAAGCCCGAGUUUGAUCUGGAUAUUCAGCCAAGUUAUGUCGCAGGUUUGGCCAACGGCUCCGAAAGUUGGAGAUUCUCUGGAAACGUUGUUGGGACUGCCCGUCGGGACCCUCGCGAAGUGACAUCCAACGUUGGCACCGUGGUUGGUGAUGCGAAAGUCCGGUACAAGUACCUGAAUCCCAAUCUGGUUGCUGUUGCGACUUAUGAAAAUAAUAGACUUGUUGUCACCCUAUUGGAUGGUAUCACCGGCCGAACGCUCGCAGUGAGCGAAGUUGAGGACAGCGUUACAAUUGACGCCCAGAACAAGUUCUUGAUUGUGGUUGGAGAGCACUGGGUCGCGUUUACCUAUAGGUCCAAAGAUGAACUUGCCAGCUCAAAACUGUCCAUUCUGGACUUGUACGAGUCCUCAGUGCUUAAUGAGCGUUUGUCACCGGAUCAAGUAAACCCUUACACUGAUUCGCAAAUUCCUUGGAUUUUCCAGAGAGUAGUGGUGCUUAAGAGCCCGCUCCAGGCUCUGGGAACUUCAGUGACACACUUUGGUGUAACCCGACGUGAGGUGUUGAUGGCCACUGACACACAGGUUUUGUCUGUUCCAAAACUUGGUCUAUCUGCGCUAAGAGUUAGCCCGGAGAAAGGAAAACCCGUACAAGAGCCAGAUACAGUUUUGACCGCGCCAGAUAGCUCGGUUAUUUCUCACGAGCGAAUCGUACACGGUAUUACCAGAUUCACGACAGCAACAACACUUCUCGAAUCGACAUUUGCUCUUUGUGCUUAUGGUGACCUUGAUGUCUUUUACACCCGUGUCUCGCCAUCCGGAGAAUUCGAUCGACUACCUGAAACGUUCCAAACUACGAAACUACUGGCGAUUAUCGCUUCUCUGGGAGCGCUGGUAAUGUUCCUGAGACCAAUAGCGCGCAAUAAAAGAAUCCAGCAGGAGUGGAUCUAA